CAAUUUAAAUAAACUAUGGAUGCUGUACAGAAAACCAGUCAGUCGGGCUUUCAAUGCCAUUCGUACAGCAUCGUCAUCAUGAAAUUCUUGAUUUGUUUUAAUUAUUUAUUUGUUUACAUUACGCUGUGUUCGGCAGCGGCCAUGGUAAGCAUUAGCGAGCAUCCCGAUUAUCCCGGCCAGUGCUAUGAUUAUGUGUAUGGAGUCGGACCCGUAUCAUGGGGUCAAGAAAUCAAUGAUCCUGUGAAAUGUUUGAGUAUAAAGUGUCGCAAAGGAAGUUGGCUGGAGAGUUAUAGCUGUGGUGUUAUUGGCGUACCUGAAGGCUGUGUGCUAAGUAAUCCUAUUGUAGCCCCCUAUCCUAAGUGCUGUCACCGUGAAUUUAUUUGUAAUAAUGCCGAUAAUAUUGAAAAAAUAUUGAAAUAAAAACCAGUUUAUACAUCUGUUUUAAAAUGACA